UUAUCAUUUCUGUAGAAUUUCGUGAUCUGUAUAUAUUUGCACAUGGAUUAGAAAGCCAACACUUGCUUUAAUACAUUUCCUACGGGAGGACGUGACUCGUAGAUUGACAAUCAUGGCUGUGUCAAAUCCAUAUAAUGGGUUACUUAAGUCCAUUGAAAUUAAUGGCAAAGAACGGAAAUAUUAUGAUAUUUCAACAUUUGGAGAAAAAUAUGAUCGUUUGCCAUUCUCAAUACGAGUUCUUUUGGAGAGUGCUGUAAGAAAUUGUGAUGGAUUUCAAGUAAAGGAUACAGAUGUCACAAGGAUUUUAGAAUGGGAGACAAAUCAAAUUAAUGAAGGUGUUGAAGUGGCAUUUAAACCAGCCAGAGUCAUUCUUCAAGAUUUGACUGGUGUCCCUGCUGUUGUAGAUUUUGCAGCAAUGAGAGACUGUGUAAAAAAACUUGGUGGAAAUCCAGAAAAAAUUAAUCCUAUAUGUCCCUCUGACCUUGUUAUUGAUCAUUCGAUUCAAGUUGAUUUCGCAAGAAGUGGUGAUGCGCUGAGGAAAAAUGAAGAUUUAGAAUUUGAUCGUAAUAAAGAACGAUUUUUAUUCCUGAAAUGGGGUGCUAAAGCAUUGAAAAAUAUGUUGAUUGUUCCACCAGGAAGUGGAAUUGUUCAUCAAGUAAAUCUUGAAUACUUAGCACGAGUAGUUUUCGAUCAAGAUAAUUUACUCUAUCCUGAUAGUGUGGUAGGAACAGAUUCACAUACUACAAUGAUUAAUGGACUUGGAAUCCUUGGAUGGGGUGUUGGUGGGAUUGAAGCAGAAGCUGUUAUGCUUGGUCAAGCAGUUUCUAUGCUCUUACCUAAAGUUAUUGGAUACAAACUUGUAGGAAAACUUAAUCAAUAUGUGACAUCAACUGAUCUUGUACUGACAAUCACCAAAAAUCUUCGACAAUUAGGAGUUGUAGGAAAAUUUGUAGAAUUUUAUGGCCCUGGAGUAGCAGAGUUGAGCAUCGCUGAUCGUGCAACCAUUUCUAACAUGUGUCCAGAGUAUGGAGCGACUGUUGGAUUUUUCCCAGUCGAUCAACAAAGUUUGAAUUAUUUACGACAAACGGGUCGGUCAGAAGAACAUAUCGAACGUAUUACGAAGUAUUUGCAAGCUGUGAAAAUGCUUCGAGAUUACAGUAAUGUAUCCCAAGAUCCGAUAUUCUCUGAAACAGUAACGUUAGACUUGGGAACCGUCGUGUCGAGCGUCAGUGGACCUAAAAGACCUCAUGAUCGUGUCUCUGUAACUGAUAUGAAAGUUGAUUUCAACGAGUGCCUUACUAACAAGAUAGGAUUUAAAGGCUAUGGUUUACCCAUCACAAAUACAAAAGCAGAAGGAACAUUUCUAUUUGAAGGAAAAGAAUAUAAGUUGAGACAUGGAUCAGUUGUCAUUGCUGCUAUCACAAGUUGUACCAACACAAGUAACCCUAGUGUUAUGCUUGGAGCUGGAUUACUAGCAAAAAAAGCAGUAGAAGCAGGAUUAUCCGUAGCUCCGUACAUCAAAACAUCGCUAUCCCCUGGUUCCGGAGUUGUCACGUAUUAUUUAAGAGAAAGUGGAGUCGUACCUGCUUUAACACAGCUUGGAUUUGAUAUUGUCGGUUAUGGAUGCAUGACGUGCAUUGGAAAUAGUGGACCUCUUGAAGAUUCAAUAGCUGAAACGAUAGAUAAAAAUGAACUCAUUUGUUGUGGUGUCCUUUCUGGUAAUCGUAAUUUCGAAGGACGAAUUCAUCCUAGUACAAGAGCCAAUUAUUUAGCAUCACCUUUGCUAGUUAUUGCUUAUGCUAUUGCUGGAACUGUUGACAUAGACUUUGAAAAAGAACCACUGGGUCGUAGAAUAGAUGGAACGGAAAUAUAUUUACGAGACAUUUGGCCAACACGUGCAGAAAUCCAAGCCAUCGAACAGCAAUAUGUUAUACCAGCAAUGUUCAAGAGUGUGUAUGAGAAAAUAGAAAGGGGAAGUAAUCGUUGGGCCAGUCUUGUCGCACCGGAAAGCCAACUUUAUCCAUGGAAUGAAGACUCAACUUACAUCAAACACCCUCCAUAUUUUGAAAAUUUACAAAGGGAAUUACCCGAGAUAAAACCGAUUUGCAAAGCCAGAGUUCUUCUGAACCUUGGAGAUUCAGUAACAACCGAUCACAUAAGCCCAGCGGGGAGUAUUGCACGAAAUUCUCCGGCAGCCAGAUACCUGGCUAAGAGAGGGCUCACACCGAGAGAAUUUAAUUCCUAUGGAGCUCGACGAGGUAAUGACGCCGUCAUGGUGAGAGGCACUUUUGCCAAUAUUCGAUUAGUUAAUAAAUUUAUCGGAAAACCAGGCCCAAAAACUUUGUACAUACCAACUUCAGAAGAGAUGGACAUUUUUGAUGCCGCAGAAAAAUAUGCAAAAGACAAAACUCCAUUGAUAGCGUUAGUCGGGAAAGAGUAUGGAUCAGGAUCAUCGAGAGACUGGGCUGCUAAGGGACCUUAUCUUUUAGGAAUACGCGCAAUAAUUGCUGAAUCUUAUGAAAGAAUACAUAGAUCGAAUUUAGUAGGAAUGGGAAUCGUACCACUUCAAUAUCUUCCUGGUCAAACUGCUGAAACUUUAGGUCUUACCGGUUUCGAAUUAUUUGACAUAGACAUUCCAGCUGACUGCCAGCCACAUCAGCAAAUAACUGUGCGUACUGAUACUGGAAAACAAUUCGAUGUUAUCGUACGAUUUGACACUGAAGUUGAUUUAACUUACUUCAAGCAUGGUGGAAUUCUUAAUUAUAUGAUUCGAUCAAUGAUAUGAACUAUUGUCUACUGAAAAAGUGAAAAAAACAUUCUUCAGUAAUUAUACACUCCAUAGCAAUUAGAAUCAUAUCAUAUGAAUAUGGAAUAUCGUUUCAUAUAUUGUCGAAGAGGAUUGUGUAAGCAAUAUUAUUCAAAAGUAAAGAAGCUAUUGCUUGCAUUAGUUUAUUCGGGGGUAGGUGCAUCGAACUUUAGGUCAUUAUACUGCUUCAAGGUGUUCACAAUUGCUUUUUGUUGUUAGAUUUUAAUAAAGGUAAUUUUGUUAUGAAUUUUUUUUUGAA